AUUGUAAACAGCGCCAUUGUUGUGUUUGACGCAAACUUGAAUUCUCCAGUGAGGGAAACAAAUCAUCCGCACGUGUUUGAAUGAGUGUGUUUGUGUCUGCUAGCGAGAUUCUGACCGAAACAACAGGAGGUGCUACAAAACAAAUGUUAUUGUUGACUAGCUAGCUAGCUGCUAGCUGGGCUCGCGCUGUGGAAGGGAAACACUCAUGUAACGCUACUGUUGAGAAGAAGACUGCUUCGCUACGUCGAUGGAGACGAAGUACCCCACCCUGAGGCGACCAAAGAGGAAGCUCUGCUACCUUACAAACAAAGACAGUGGGUCUAAAAAAUGGACGGGGAACAUGACACUUGGAGAUGUUGAUAAGAUGUUUGAUGACUUAGAUUCACCCUCACGCGACGAUAGCCUGUUGUCCACUUCUCCUCUAAUCCAGACCACUGAUACCAGGACACCACACAGUGACAGAGUGGUUUCACCAGCUCCAGAGGAGGGACACCAAUCUAAAAAACUCCCACCAUGCGAAAAGGGUCCUGAAGGAGCUGCCCAUCCUGCCAUUAGGUCACCCAGUCCUCAACUUGACAUAGUUUCAGACUUAUUUAAACUGCAUGAGCCAGUGAAGACAUCCAGCCCUAUUGAAGAAAUUGUGAGUGCAGUGUAUGUAGAAGAGGAGAAGAAUGAUGGAAAACAAGUUGUGUCUCCAAUCCUCUUUGACUGUGGAGAGGAAGAAAAAGAGGAGGCACAGGUGCAGCCGCCAACCAUCCAAGAACCCCAGGUCAAUGGGCACGUAACCGAAAUAAUUGGGGACACUGGUUUGGAUACGCCUCCAAGCAAACUUGCUUUUAAAAGACCCAGGGUGUCUACUCACAAAAACAAGGUGGACGCGUUAUGCAAAGACAGUCAGCCAGUCACAGAAAAAACACACAAGAAACCACAAACAGCCGUUUCCAAGUGCAAAAGAAAAACAAAGAGACAAGAAAGCACAGACAAGCCUGUUGGAGCAGUGACAAGGGAGCCUGAACUCGCAGCUCCUGACAAACAGUCAACUAGUGUUCACAGUCAGUCUCUGGGUGAGACGUCAACCCGCGUGGGAAUCGACAUGUCAGCGUUUCUACAGAAGCUCAGAGAUGCUGGACAGUCCAAACCUGCAUGUGGCAGGAAGUCGCUGACACCAGUUAAAGUUCCUCCUCCUCCCGAGCCAGAGGACGAUUUCCUGAUUUUGGAGGAUGAUGCACCUCUGUGGUUCACCAUCCCGAGUAAAACUGCCACAAGUAAGAAACGGAAGCAGAGCAGAACUGACAGCUCGGACAAAGACAGCUCAACAGACAAGGCAUCAAAGGACAGUCCGCAGGAGACUGGCCAAAAAGAGGUGGAAUCAGAAAAGGGCGAACUGGGAAUUCAUCCUAUCGAUCUGUCAACAAAGAGGAAGAAAAGGCCAGAGAAGAUGAAUAAAGUGACUGGGCCUGAAAAUGAUAAGCAUGAAUUGACCACUCCUGAAGAUCUUCCCGCGACUUCCGGUGACUCGAAGGAACAAGAGAAGCCAAAUAAAAAGAAACGGCAACAACUCAAGAAGAUUCCAUCGAAAGAGAGCGAAAAGGAAGAGGAGGAACCUAAAGACAUGGCAAGCAGGAAAACGGUUAAAGAAAAACUCUCUCAGACAACAGAGAAGAAGAAAAGCGCGAAGGCUUCAGAAGAUGUGAAAGAAGUGGCCAAGGCGAACACGGCGAAAUCAUUAAAGCGGACCAGGAAAGUGACGAAGAGCACCGAAGACAUAAAGGAGACAGCGGGUGACGAGGCUGGGAAGGAACAAAGUCAAGAUGAAAGCAAAGCGAAACCAGGAAAUGUUGAAGACUUGGGUUCUCUGUCAGACAAACAAAUGAUGAGUUCUGACGCACAAACGGACAACAAACUGCCCACUGUGACUGCAUCGAGUUUGUCUGAAGAAAGUCCAAUCCUUGGAAAAAGGAAAAGAAAACCAAUUGGACAGUGGUGGAUGAGCUCUACUGAGAGCACAGAGGAAACCAAGGUCCCAGACAACAACCUCACGGACAAGAGGUCCAAACAGCCUGGUAAAGAGCCCAGCGCAGCAGAAGCUUCACCUGUAAAGACUAAGAAGGUCAAAGUUUUAAAGAAAACAAAUCAGAAACGGCCUGUAACGUCGACCAAUCAGAGCACAACUAAAGGCAAAGUGAAGAAAACAAGACAAAACAAAAACAGACCUGCAGGAGGAGACGCACCAAACAAAAUGGGAGCGACAGAUGAGGUGUUACCGACGGACACGGAGCAGAUUGAAGCACAGCAGCAUCAGCCAGAGGAGGAGGAGGUCCUGGAUCAAGACCAGGAUUGUGGGCAGUCUAGCCCUAUGUGCUUUCAAGAGAGAGACAUCAAUCAUAGCUCAGGGCAGCAGGUAUUUCAGAAAGUCUACCAUAAUGUCUCUGAGAAAAUGUCUGACCCUUCAGCAUCUGUCUCUCCCAGAGGACCUCAGGAGCAUCUCAGGGCAGAAGAUCCAGAGAAACGGAACAGGAAACCUCCCGGUAACUGGUGGACGACGAAUGGCAUGUCUGAGGAGGUGGAGAACGUCUCCACAAAUCCUCAGCAGCUUAAACCAAAGGAGUCCAAAUCUCUUAAAAAGAGAAAAAAACUUUCCAAACAGAAAACGAGUCGAUCUCCUGGACUUAAAACUCCCAAAAAAGGCAAGAUGGUGGUCGCCUCCAAAACACCAGGGGGAGCUGAUGUGCCUCUGCUGCAACCAAAGCAAAUGUUCGCUCCAAAAACCAUCAGACGCACUCUGUAUACGUUUAAAGACAUUUUCACGUCGGCGUCAGAGACCCCGACUGUGGUUAGCAACAGACACACAGGUCACGGUAACAGAUGUGAACCUGCAGAGGUUUCUGUCGUUCAGCAUGUUACAUUCACUCCGACUGAUAAAGACACACACAGUGUGGAUGCUGGCGAAUUCAGGAGCCCUGAGAACAGCCCCCCCACACAUGAUACCCCACAGGACGGCAGCUGUCAGCCAGAGAACACGUUAAAAGACCUGAGAAGUGGACCGUCCUCUAUGAUUGAGGUUCAAGAGUAUGAGAACUUGAGUCUGCACCCAUCCAGCGUCCGGGGUGAGCUCUCUGUGUUGGAUCUCUGCGCUCCUCCUCUCAAACCGCUGGUCCUGCAGCCGGAGGACAAGGCCGACCUGAGGGAGAUGUUUAAGACACUCUGGCCUUCCACUGACGCCGACGACGGUGAGAUCUCUCCGGAUCAAUUUGACUGGUACUUCUAUCAAGGCAAGGUGUGUGGCUUCCAGGUGGAUUUGAACUGUAGCUCCAUCUGUAAUGGAAAGAUUCUGCUGGGCUCCUACAUGAAGAAACCUCUGUGGGUGGAUCACAGCGCCACCACGGUUUUUAACAUAUUAACAAGCUCUGUUGCUGUAACCAUUGAUGGCAGGAAGUCACACUUCCACCCAGGACAAGCCUUCAUGGUGCAGAGUGGACACGCCUACAGCAUAAACAACAUCACCGCUCAGCCUGCAGUUCUCUACUUCACCAGGAUAUUAGCUGACAGCUCGGAAUGAAGUCACAUGUUCCUUUCAAAUGACCAGAUGCCUUAGGACGUUCAAACCAGACUGGAGCUGUGGGACUUUACUUUGUAUUUAAACGUACUCACAUUUUGUAUUGAAAAUGAAACUGAAGAUGUAAAUAGAAGAAAAAAGGCUGUAAUUUUUUUUUAUGUUCUUAAAGUUAGCUGUGCUCCAAGCAUUUGAUAAAAGACAUUGAAAAUGAUUUGUAAAUAAAAUCAUAGUUGUUUUUGUUA